CGCUGGUUUUCUCCGGGAGGACUGGACGGGUCGGCCUGAGGGCGUGAGUUUCAAUUUGGAUAAGAAACCGCUUGUUUAGGCCAUGUAGAAGACUGUUGACAUGCUAGUCGCAAUGGCUCCAAUAGCUGACCUUGCAAAAAUCUUUCAGAUUCAGAGAAUUUCCUUUGUAAAAACAUCAAGGGAGGUGGCACAGUUUUCCAUUUAGAUCAACAGCUUCAAAUUCUUACCAUGGAAAACUCAGAGAAGACAGAAGUGGUUCUCCUUGCUUGUGGUUCCUUUAAUCCUAUCACCAAUAUGCACCUCAGGUUGUUUGAGCUGGCCAAGGACUACAUGAAUGGAACAGGAAAAUAUAGAGUGAUCAAAGGCAUAAUUUCUCCUGUUGGUGAUGCCUAUAAUAAGAAAGAGCUCAUCCCUGCUCAUCACCGGGUUAUCAUGGCAGAACUUGCCACCAGGAAUUCAAAGUGGCUGGAAGUUGAUACGUGGGAAAGUCUUCAGAAGGACUGGACAGAGACUGUUAAGGUGCUAAGACACCAUCAGGAGAAACUGGAGGCCAGUAACUGUGACCACUCACAGAACUCACCUGUGCUAGAAAGGCCUGGACGGAAGAGGAAGUGGACUGAACCAAGACAAGAUUCUAGCCAAAAGAAAUCCUUAGAUCCAAAACCAAAAGAUGUGCCAAAGGUAAAGUUGCUGUGCGGGGCAGAUUUACUGGAGUCCUUUGGUGUUCCCAAUCUGUGGAAGAGUGAGGAUAUCACCCAGAUCCUUGCAGACUACGGACUCAUCUGUAUUACUCGGGCUGGAAGUGACGCUCAGAAAUUCAUCUAUGAGUCGGACGUGCUGUGGAAGCACAGGAGCAACAUCCACCUGGUGAACGAGUGGAUCACUAACGACAUCUCGUCCACGAAGAUCCGGAGGGCCCUCAGGAGGGGCCAGAGCAUCCGCUACUUGGUGCCAGAGCUUGUCCAAGAAUACAUUGAAAAGCAUAAUUUGUACAGCUCCGAGAGUGACGACAGUGACGUGGAGGUCAUCCUAGCUCCUCUGCAGAGAAAUAUGACAAAAGCCAAGGCAUAGAAGCUCUACAGCGGGUAUUUUGGACUUCCCCUUUUUUGGUAUUCGAAACAAUCUUGGUAUUAGCAAUUGGGGAAAAGAACUGUGAUCCUGUUUCAUAAACUAAAGCUUAAAAGUUUGGUAAAAAUCAGCUGUAAAUUUAAAUCAGGGUAUUUUUUUUCUUUUUUUGAGACAGAGUCUCAC